ACAGCGAAGGAAAUCCACAGAGCGGUGAUAAGAAAGAAAUUCAACGGCUUCUGAUUGAUAACACUUCCUGGCUUUGGAUGGGUUGUUCAUUUUGUUUUAUGCAUAAUAGGUGGUUCUCCUUCUUCACAGAUUGCUAACUGGUGUGCUCUCUUCUCGGACUGUACACGCCAUGGCGGGGGAGGUCGUCUAUGCUGAUUUAAACAUCCCGGGAGCCCGCUUACCUCCUUCAUCUCAACCCCACAAUUUCCAUCAGUGUCCGCACUGGCAUCAACUUGUCUUGAAGAUCGGAGCCGCUGGGUACGUUGUCCUGCUGAUGACAGUCAUAGUGCUGAGUGUUUGGGUUUUUCAGGGCUCCUCAGGGAAUGGACUGGCCCCUGAAGGUGAGGCGGUCUCCGAGAGACUCAGAAAUGAAAGUAAAUGCGUCGCCAGCCAGGAGAAAUGGUCUUCCCUGAAACAGUACCUGUGUGACCCACCCCAAAUCAGCUCAACAGAGGGCGCCAGGUGCGUACUUUGCCCCAGGGACUGGCUGCCGUACAAGGGAAAAUGUUACUGGGUGUCUAAAGAAAAUAGAAUGUGGAACAGUAGCCGUGACAACUGCUUAACGAAGAGCUCUCAUUUACUGGUGGCCCGGGACCAGGAGGAGAUGGUAAAGUUAAUUUUCUUGCAGGAUAUUGGAGCACUGCUCCGUAAUAAACCACUGUGGGAAAAUGUAGUUCCAACCCCACCGGUAAGCCAGCAGAUAUUUUGUUUGAAGGUCAGCGGCUCGGAGGGCCAAGAUCCCAGGUGCGGUAUGUAG